AUUCAAAACAUGCAACGAGGUUUGCUCGUUUACUUGACUCGGAGUCUUCGCGAGCCUCGAUUUUCAACGUCAGCGUGCAAUUUGGGUCAUUUUUCGAGACUUUCGUUUGAAGCUAAUGUGGUUUUAAAUUAGAUUUUUUGCUCUUUUGUUAAGCCUCUGCCCAUUUCAUGCCGGUCGGUAUAAUUUGAAGGCUAAUUCAAGUCUGAUCGUGAAUUAGGGUUUUCUUGUUCUUGCAAAAAAAGGGGUUUUAGUUCUGAAAAUCGGAUUUUGGGGGUGUCAGAAUGGAGAAGAGCGAUUCAUUCAAGUAUUAUCAGCCAUCAGAGAAAGAGUCCCAGAAUUCAUGGAACGCGGGUUUCGGUCUCAGCGUGAGCGAUCGGAGAUUGGCGUUUUCGCGCCAAGCUUCAUUUGACCAAGCGCGGGAGCCUCACACGCCGGUUUCGAUCAAUCUGAAUGACCCGGAAAAGCCUCUGCUUGCUCGGAGCGUUUCGAGCAUAGACAUUCCGACUGGGCCCUUCUACUCUUUAGAUGAAAGCAAUAAGUAUUCUGGUGAAGGAAACGGAUCGGCCCAGAAAUUCUCGUUUUUGUCGUUUGUAUUUUCCAUUUUGCGGAUCAUGAGGUCCGGAAAUAGGUACAUGAAGAGAUUGUUCGUGAUGAUUUCGCUUAACGUGGCGUAUUCAACCGCAGAGUUAGUUAUCGGGCUGUUUACGGGCCGUGUAGGUUUAGUCUCCGACGCCUUUCAUUUAACAUUUGGCUGUGGCCUAUUGACAUUUUCAUUGUUUGCAAUGACUGCCUCAAGAAAACAGCCUGAUAGAGUUUACACUUAUGGGUACAAGAGGCUAGAAGCAUUGUCUGCUUUUACAAAUGCUCUGUUUCUUUUGUUUAUGUCAUUCUCCUUAGCUGUGGAAGGACUUCAUGCUUUCAUCCAAGAUGAGUCUGAGCACAAGCAUUACUUAAUUGUUUCGGCGGUGACAAAUUUAUUGGUGAAUCUUAUUGGUGUUUGGUUCUUCCGGAAUUAUGCUCGCAUAAACCUUGUGUACAGAAACGCAGAAGAUAUGAACUACCAUUCAGUUUGCCUUCAUGUUCUUGCAGAUUCCAUUCGCAGCGCUGGCUUGAUAUUGGCAUCUUGGCUUUUGUCCCUCGGGGUUCAGAAUGCGGAAGUAUUGUGUUUGGGACUAGUUUCAGUUGCUGUCUUUAUGCUUGUCAUGCCACUUUUUAAAGCGACUGGAGGCAUCUUGCUUCAAAUGGCACCACCUCGCAUUCCAACUUCAGCAUUGAGCAAAUGCUGGAGACAGAUAACUGCCCGUGAAGAUGUACUGGAAAUUGCGCAAGCACGUUUUUGGGAAUUUGUCCCUGGUCAUGUUGUUGGCUCUGUCUCAAUACAGGUGAAAAAAGGGAUGGAUGAUCGCACCACACUCCAAUUUGUGCAUGGUUUGUACCAUGAUCUAGGCGUACAGAACUUGACAGUGCAAACUGAUGACGUCUGAGCUUUUGGAUUUUCUUGUUUCUGGUUUAUAAGUGAGAAUAAUUGCAGAUCAAAGUUCAUCAUUCGGAUAUUUUCUUGUCGUGUUAUUCAUGGCAGAGGGAUGUGUUGCCAUUAGAAGAGCAGUGUAAAUGACGAGUGUUGUGGGAUAACAACUUUUUUGUGAUAUGGUUCAUUUCAAUUAUUCGGAGAGUCGAGUCGAGUCACGUUUCUCUGCGUA